AUGACUAUCCAACAGACCACCAUGCAGCCGACUGAGCGCCAGCACAGCACAGGCUCUCUUGACAGCUUCGACCCGAUCAUGGUAACUCCUGUGAUUGGUAACGAGUUCGCCAAAGGAACUUGUAAUAUCGUUGACGAUAUCCUACAAGCCCCCAAUGCAGACCAACGUAUUCGCGACUUGGCCAUCAUGACAGUCGCCGAACGGGGUGUUUUAAUCCUACGCAUGGGCGAGCUGACCGGUCGUCCAUCCACCCAUGGCCUGCACAUUCACCCGGUCACUAAUGAUGCACGCGAAUUUGGUGACCCGGACCCUCAAAUCAGCACCAUCAACUCCGAGGGCCGCAAGACUCUCUACAAGGGAUCUGAUUAUACCAAGAUGGCGGCAGUCUGGCACAGCGACAUCUCGUUCGAGAAAGCUCCCGCCGACUAUUCGAGUCUGCGACUCGUGCAACUGCCCAAAACGGGCGGCGACACGCUUUGGGCGUCUGGUUACGAGAUCUAUGAUCGCAUCAGUAAGCCCUACCGGGCGUUUUUGGAGACAUUGACAGCCACACACGCAGGUGUCGGGUUUAUGAGGCUGGCACAGACGGGAAAGUUCCAUUUGUAUGAGAAGGAGCGCGGGGCACCCGUGAAUAUUGGAGGAGACUUAUCGGCUGUUCAUCCGGUCGUAAGGACAAACCCAAUUACAGGAUGGAAAUCCAUUUUCCCUAUUGGCUCUUUUCCUACCCAGAUCGACGGGUUGACUCGUAGAGAGAGCGCCAGCAUGCUGCAGUGGUUUCAUGAUAUGAUCACUCACGGGCAUGACCUCCAGGUUCGUUUCAAAUGGAACAGCCCUAAUGAUAUUGCGAUCUGGGACAAUCGCAGCGUCUUUCAUACCGCGACAGGCGACCAUGAAGGGUUUGGCCCCCGAAGUGGUAACCGGGCUGUGGGGGUGGGCGAGGUUCCGUACUUUGAUCCGAGCAGCAAAUCGCGCAGAGAGGAACUGGGUAUUGUGGAUGAUCUCGCUCCCUGCCAUUGGUAG